AUGGGUGUAAGCCUCGCUGCUCGGAAACACCCAGUGCUGACCACACUGAGAGACACGAAAGCGCAGAAAGAACGCGAAGCGCUAGCGCUACAGGGUCGGUUUUUUGGGGGGGAUAGGCUUGUGAAGAAGCAAGCUUAUCCCCGCCCCGACCGGCAGCUGCUAGGUUUCCCCAUCUCUUCUAAACUUCCCCCGGUCUUCGGCCCGAGCUGUAUGAGGCAAAAACUCGUCCCACGUACGGUUCGGAGGCCGAGCCCCACCCCAGCAGUAAGGGUGCGGCUUAGGUCAACUAACACAAAAAAGAUACAGUUCACUCAACGAUUGCCUUUGGGUUCCGAACUCCAUAUGGGGAAGGAGCGUUGUUGUUUGCGAGGUCUUGAUCAUUUACAUGGACCCACUUUUCAUUCCAUUUGUGGGAAUUUUAUGAUCUAUAAACCGUCCCUAACGAGCGAUCGGCUCAUGUUUGAGCAUGAUGAAUCACUUCGUGCCGACCUGUUCCCAAUCCACUUUCCGGCCUCAUAUGAGAAUGGAAAACUGGAGCAUUUUAUCCAUCGGUGGAUGAAGAAUCGCGAACAUAAUAAUUUCUGGUUGACCAUGUUCCCAGAAAAAAGAUACUUUCGAGAAAGGACGAGCACGACUGAAGUGGCUAUACAUACAAAUCUAUUUACGGAUCUAUAUGCUUCGAUUGGAACUGGAAGUUCCAGAACAGGUGGCUGGUAUACCACAAUAAUCAAACUUCCUUUUCUUUUUUUUAUUCGGAUCGGAUUUAUGUUGGCUUCGUUGGGAGGCUCGCGUAGUUUGUUACGUCAGCUCCAAAAGGAUAAGUUGCGUUGGAAUUGAUAAAGUUCCAUGGAGUUCAUAAUUGCAUAAAA